AUGCAAACCAACGACUGCAAAGAUUCAGAUGACAAGGCACCUUCACCUUGUGCCUUCCAGGAGCCAAUGGUUGCUCCCAAGCACAUGCAAGAUGGCUCAGUGGCAGUAACUGAGCAAUUGGAGACAAUUGACUUAAGUGAUGAUCCUGCCGUCCAAAGACCCAUUUCCAUCGGCAUCCAUUUAACAAAGGAAGAGAAGGAAGUUUUGGUGCCUUUGUUAAAGGAGUUUCGAGAUGUGUUCGCUUGGAGCUACGAAGAAAUGCCCGGCCUUGAUCCAAAUUUGGUGAGUCACACGUUGAAUAUUGAGCUGGGUACCAAACCUGUCGUACAGCCCAGAAGGAAUUUUCAUCCUGAGGUUGAAAAGCAAAUCAAGGUGGAAAUCGAAAAACUGUUAGCUGCUGGAUUCAUCAAGCCCAUCAAGCACCCCACGUGGCUAGCAAAUAUCGUUCCCGUGAAAAAGAAGACCGGGGUCAUUAGAAUAUGUACAGACUACCGAGACCUCAAUCGAGCUUGCCCAAAAGAUGAGUUUCCGCUGCCCAACAUGGAUAUAUUGAUCGAUUCAACCUCGGGUCAAGGCAUGCUGUCCUUUAUGGAUGGAUUCAGUGGAUACAAUCAGAUCAAAAUGUCGCCCAAGGAUGCUGAAAAGACAGCCUUUCGAACGCCGUAUGGGAAUUUCUAUUACACGGUCAUGCCAUUUGGUCUCAAAAAUGCGGGUGCCACCUACCAAAGAGCCAUGACGGCAGUGUUUCAUGAUAUGAUGGGAAAAGAGGUGGAGGACUAUGUGGAUGACCUUGUGGUGAAAUCUAAAACCAGACUGGGGCAUCAUGAGGUUUUAAGGAAGGUGCUGGAAAGGUGCCGGCUAUACGGGCUGAAAAUGAAUCCGAAGAAGUGUGCGUUCGGAGUAUCAUCUGGUAAAUUCUUGGGAUUUCAGGUGCACCAACGCGGCAUAGAUGUGGAUCCCGAAAAGACUAGGGCCCUAAAAUCCUUGUCGCCACCAAAAAACCCGAAGGAAUUGAAAAGUUUCAUGGGGAGGCUGUCGUACAUUCGACGCUUUAUUCCAGGGCUUGCUGUUAUGAUGAGCAUCUUCACCCCUUUACUCAAAAAGGGCCAAUCGUUCAUAUGGAGCAAGGAAUGCCAGGAGGCUUACCAGCAAGUGCAGCAACUGAUAGCCAGGCUACCCACAAUGAGGGCACCUAUCCCGGGACGUCCACUCAAGCUCUACUUAGCUGCGACAAAUACCGCGGUUGGAGCUUUGCUUGCCCAGGAUAGUCAUGAAGGGGAAGAAAGCCCCAUUUACUAUGUAAGCAGACAAUUGAAGGGAGCUGAGACAAGGUACCCGAAGACAGAACUAUUAUGCCUUGCUCUUGUUUAUGCUGCGCAGCGAUUGCGACAUUACUUUCUUGCUCACAAGCUGCAGCUUGUAGUAAAAUCCGACCCUGUGAGAUACUUGCUCACAAGACCAGUGCUAUCAGGACGCCUUGCACGCUGGUUGCUGCAAUUGUCUGAGUUCGAUAUUGUGUGUACGACCCCGAAGUCUAUUAGGGGACAGGCUGUGAUUGAUAUGUUAGCCCUAUUCCCCGAAGUAGAGGAGUCUACUCUGUCCGAAGAAGUAUUAGGAGAACUGCCGGAAGUAGUUGCCACUGUUGUAGAAGAAGCGUCAUGGACCCUCUACUUUGAUGGAUCCUCUACAACCAACGGUGGAGGAGCAGGGGUAGUGAUUAUCAAUCCUGAAGGGCAGGCCACAGCUCUCUCGUUCAAACUAGAUUUCCCAUGCACAAAUAACGUCGCGGAGUAUGAAGCUUUUAUCAUGGGAUUGUCUACGGCAAGGGAAAUGGGUGCAGAAAGAGUAAAGGUCAUUGGAGAUUCAAAUCUGGUAUUGAGCCAAAUGCAAGGGAGCUUUGCUGUGAAAGAAGCAACUUUGGCACCCUAUCGUACAGCUGCUGAAAGGCUCAUUAAUUCCUUUAAGCAGGUUGUGAUGGAACACAUCCCGGGAGUUACUAAUAGGUAUGCAGAUGCUUUGGCUACAUUGGGGUCAAAACUAUCAUACGUGCAGGAGCAGCCAAAUAUUACUGUGGUGAAGAGAGAGACGCCAAUAGUAGAGGCAAUGGUCCGGGAGGAGCUGUUGGAAGAAGAUGACUGGAGAAAGCCGUUAAGAAAAGAAUUCAGUGGAGAAAGCAGCAUUAAGGACUUGAAAGACUAUGUGCUCAUCUUUGGGGAACUCUAUAAACGCCUUCCAGGCAGUGUUUUGACUAGAUGCGUGGGAAUGGUAGAAGCGAGGAGAAGGUUGCAAGAGGUACACGAUGCCACCUGCAGUUUGGAACCAGUGACCAGUUUGUAUCGGCGCCUGCAGCGUAAGGGUUAUUAUUGGCCAGAAAUGAGGAAACAAGCGGCCGAUGUUCAGGCUAAUUGUCCCAAAUGUUCUACGGUACCCACUACUGAGGAGGCUUUCACUGUGUCACUGGCGGAAGAUUGGAGGGCCCCAUAUCUAGCAUUUUUCGUUGAAGGAGCUCUGCCAACCAAUUCCAAGCUCGCGUAUAAGCUCAAGAAGACGGUAAAAAGAUAUUUCAUGGAUGGAGCGACUCUUUACAGGAAGGGAUUUAAUGGUGAACCACUACGAUGUUUGGAAAGGUCGGAGGCUCAUCAAGUCAUGCAGGAGAUACAUGCUGGAGAAUGUGGAGAACAUCAAGGGAUGAAGAGGCUUUAUCGGCAGCUGCUGAGUUUCGGAUACUAUUGGCCUACUAUGAAGAAAGAUGCACAUGAUUUUGUUAAGAAAUGCCACACAUGCCAGGUCCAUGGUAAUUUAAGCCAUAAACCUCCAACACUGUUACAGGAUAUGCGCACCCCGUGGCCUUUUCAUACAUGGGGGCUUGAUUUGAUUGGGACAAUCCAUCCUCCUUCCGACAGUUACAUAUGGAUUCUUACAGCUACAGAAUAUUUCACGAAAUGGGUCGAGGCAAUUCCUCUUCGAAAAGCCACAGGCGCUGCUGUCUCGAAUUUCAUUCGAGAAUACAUCGUGUGCAGAUUUGGAAUUCCAUACAAAAUGGUUACCGAUAAUGGCACGCCUUUUGUCAACAAACAGGUAAGCUCGACACUCAAUGGUUACGGUAUCAAGCAUCGUCGCUCCACGCCUUACUACCCACAAGGAAAUGGUCAAGCAGAGGCUACCAACAAGACAAUAUUGAGAAUUCUGAGCAAGAUGGUAUAUGAGUAUAAGGGGAAUUGGAGCAUUCAUCUGCCGGACGCUUUGUGGGCUUACCGUACCUCACCAAGGGGUGCUACCGGUUUUUCGCCUUACUCACUCGUAUAUGGGUCUGAUGCCAUCUCACCUGUGGAAAUUACCAUCCCCACGGCCAGAGUGUCGGCUGUCAAUGAUCUUGAAUGGGAUGCAAAAUCAUGCUCGGAUUGGCGUGUGUUAGACCUCGAGGCAGUGGAUGAAAGGAGGAUGGAAGCCGAAAGGAAAAUGGCACUUUAUCACAGGACUACUGCCCAAGCAUACAAUAGGACCGUUAAGCCUCAAGCUUUCAAGCAAGGAGAUCUCGUGCUAAAAGUUGUCGAGCAUGUGAGAAGACAGAUAUCGGGACCUUCCAAGUUUGCCCCGCAAUGGGAGGGUCCAUUCGCAGUCAAAGAAGUACACAGCAGUGGCUAUUACCACUUGAUCUCUGUCAAGGAAGGCACGCUAACGGAUCCCAUCAAUGGAAAAUGGCUCAAGCCCUACUAUUGCUAA